AUGGAAGAAUUUUGCCAAAUGGUUGUUGGGUUCUCUGAUACCUUGCCUGCUCUCUGGGAACUGUUUCCUGAUAGACGGUCAUGCAGUCACGAAAAUCUUGCUAAAGAUCUGCUUGACAGCACAUAUGAUGCCCAUAAUGCCCUUGGAGAUGUGCAAAUGCUUCAUAUGUUAUCGUCACAGUUCAUUGGGGACCAGUUACUACUGAGGCACAGUUUUUCAACGUCAUGGUUCCAAGAGUAUACCAUAUUUCUGGAACAGAAGAGAGCAAACCUACAGACCUUCCAACCUCUGCUCCACUCAAAAGCUGUAUCAAAGGGAAUUGCUGAUAAGAUGGCAGCAUCUGGAUUACAAUAUCGGCAUUUUCUCCUGGCGUAUCAACAGGAAGGAAACGAUGGUGUCUCAAAUGUGCUGAUGGAAAAGUUUUAA